UUGAACGAUCUCACGAGAGAAUAUGAGAUUUUCCCUGAUUAUUGUUUACAUUGUGAAAACAUGAGAACCGAACCGAAUCGAUCCGGAUUCAACCGAAACGCCCGCAACGGCACCAACUUCCCAAACAGAUUGGUUUCUUCCCCGCGGCCAGGAAGGCAACCAGAGCCGAACUUUGUUUUGAUCGAGCUGAAAGCCAGGACCCGAAAUUGAUCUCACCACUGGGGGAGGAAACUAACGCUGUGGUUUAAAUACAUCAUUUAGCGAUACCAGGUGAAAAACGCAGAUUUGUCAGGGGUCGCCAUUGUGUGGAGCGAGUUACCGGGCGCGCACGGCAUGGACCUCGGCGAGAGGGAUGCGAUGGAGGUCCCCGCCUGAGGAGCGCGGCGCAGCGAGGCGGGCUUAGGGUCACCCCCGGGGGUUGUCGAGGCCUCCGAGGGGAAAUCGACCGUCUUCUGCCCCACGGCUUCGCGGCGCGCUUCUCCCGUCUCGACCGUUAACAGUCCGCACGCGAGGGACGCGGCUGUGGAUGCGGCCUACUCUGGGAGGGUCCGCCGAGCACCGGGGAGACAACGGGGGACAGUUUCAGGGGUUAACGGGGCCCCCCGGAGGACCGAGGCUUGAUAGCACCAUGAUGGAAGAACUGCAUAGCCUGGACCCCCGACGGCAGGAGCUAUUGGAAGCUCGCUUCACUGGGGUCGGGGUGGCUAAGGGCUCGGGUCAGAACCAAAAUGAGUCGUCCAACCAGAGUCUUUGCAGCGUAGGCUCGCUCAGUGACAAAGAACUGGAGACUCCCGAGAAAAAGGCAAACGACCAGAGAGUAAGGAAACGGAAAGCAGACCAUUUUGACAGCCAAGGCAAAGCAGGUGCCAGGGGACAUAAAAUUAGUGAUUAUUUUGAGUUUGCGGGAGGCAGCGGUCCUGGUACCAGCCCUGCUAGGGGAAUUCCACCAGUGGUCCGUUCUUCCCCACAACACUCACUUUCCAACCCCCCUGUCACGGUGCAGCAGGGAAGCCCCUCCUCCGUGAACUCGGCCAACACAGAGCAAUCAACGUGUUCGUUGAAGCCAGCGUCUCUUCACAUGCUCCACAAAGCCACACAGUCUGACCUUACUAUAGAGAAACUAACAGCAAUGGAGAUCAACAAGAACUCUGACCUGGAGAAGAAGGAGGGCCGAAUAGACGAUUUGCUGCGGGCAAACUGUGAUCUCAGGAGACAAAUUGAUGAACAGCAGAGGAUGUUGGAACGAUACAAGGAACGCUUAAAUAAGUGUGUGACCAUGUCCAAGAAGCUGCUGAUUGAAAAAUCCAAACAGGAGAAGAUGGCGUGCAGGGACAAAAGCAUGCAGGACAGGCUAAGACUCGGUCACUUCACCACAGUGAGACAUGGCGCGUCUUUUUCUGAGCAGUGGACGGAUGGAUAUGCCUUCCAAAACCUCAUCAAACAACAAGAACGGAUCAAUUCCCAGAGAGAGGACAUUGAAAGACAGAGGAAGCUGCUGGCCAAACGCAAGCCGCCCUCCAUGGCCCAGACGCCACCUCCCAGCCUGGAGCAAAACAAGCGCAAAAGCAAAACCAAUGGAACAGAAAGUGAAGCGUUAUCGCAGGCAGAGUACCAUGAACAAGAGGAAAUCUUUAAGCUACGACUAGGCCAUCUAAAAAAGGAGGAAGCAGAGAUCCAGGCAGAGCUGGAGAGGUUGGAGCGAGUACGAAACCUCCACAUUCGAGAGCUGAAAAGGAUUCACAACGAGGAUAAUUCUCAAUUCAAAGAUCACCCUACGCUAAAUGACCGGUAUCUGCUACUCCAUUUACUUGGACGGGGAGGUUUCAGUGAAGUUUACAAGGCCUUUGACUUGACAGAACAAAGGUAUGUUGCUGUCAAAAUCCACCAGUUAAACAAGAACUGGAGGGAUGAGAAGAAAGAAAACUAUCACAAACACGCAUGCAGAGAAUAUAGAAUCCACAAAGAACUGGACCACCCACGAAUAGUUAAACUCUACGAUUACUUUUCGCUUGACACUGACUCGUUCUGCACGGUCCUGGAGUACUGCGAAGGCAAUGACUUGGACUUCUACCUGAAGCAGCACAAGCUUAUGUCAGAGAAGGAGGGCCGCUCCAUCAUCAUGCAGAUAGUCAACGCCCUGAAGUACCUCAAUGAGAUCAGACCGCCCAUUAUCCACUACGACCUUAAACCCGGUAACAUCCUCCUGGUGAACGGCACCGCCUGUGGGGAGAUCAAGAUUACAGACUUUGGCCUGUCGAAGAUCAUGGAUGAUGACAGCUACAACUCAGUGGACGGGAUGGAGCUGACGUCACAGGGAGCAGGCACAUACUGGUAUCUGCCCCCAGAGUGCUUUGUGGUUGGAAAAGAACCACCUAAAAUCUCCAACAAGGUGGAUGUGUGGUCUGUGGGAGUCAUUUUCUACCAGUGUUUGUACGGCCGCAAGCCCUUUGGCCACAACCAGUCGCAGCAGGACAUCCUGCAGGAGAACACCAUACUAAAGGCAACAGAUGUGCAGUUUCCCCCAAAACCAGUUGUCACACCUGAAGCUAAGGCCUUUAUAAGGCGCUGUCUAGUCUACCGUAAGGAGGACCGCAUCGAUGUGCACCAGCUGGCCAGUGACCCCUUCCUCAUGCCCCACAUCCGCAAGUCGGUGGCCUCCUCGGGCACCUCGGGCACGGCCGUGGCCUCCACAUCCAGCUCCUCCAACAGCAGCGCCUCAAACUGAGCCUGCGUCAAUCUGACUGACUGAUCCUUUUGAAAUAGUGGGGUCGGGCUGGGGGUGGACGGCAAUGUGUGUGUGUCUCCCACCCCUCCCUCCCCCUCCCAACAGCAUCCCACCUUGCCAUGAAGAGAAAGAGAAACGGGUCAGACGACGGCAAGGGACGGAUGAGCAGUCAUGGACGGGUUGGCACAGGAGACCCACGUCCUUCGUCCAUCUCGCGUCCCCCCCACCCUGCUUUCUCAAAGUGGUGGCGUUGGUCUGGGGGUCAAAGCCCUGGACGACUCUCACAGUAAGAGGCAGGGCACUCUGUUUGGUGGAAGUGGGAUUUCCUGUUUUGGGUUUGUUCUUUUUUUUUUUGCUUAGAAAAAGAGAAAAUGUAGAAGUGCUUCAGCCUGGCCAGAUGGGAGGCGCUGUGAUGGCGCUGGGACACAUACUCACUGCCGAAUACACCCAUGCAUGAGCCAUUCUGGUCCACGGUAGUCAGAACUCCCCAAGCUCAAACGUUCUGUUUGUUUGCAUCUCAAUGAACCUUUUGAAGAGAACCAGUCUGUCCAAUUAUUGCAUUGAGACCGAAGUAUCUAAGGCACCACGUCGCCCCUACCUGCUGUCCUGGGAUCCCCUGCCCUGCUUAAAUUCCAGACCCAGGUAGUUUGUGAAGAGGAGGCACAGAAGCUACUAUUCCCCUUACCCUCCCCGUCUCCUCCAAUGACCAAAGCUUAUAACUUCCAGCUGGUGGCAGUGUUCCACCCAACAUUUUUUAUAAAGAAUGGUUUUAGUGUCACUUGAUAUGGAGUGGAAGCUGUUGAGAAAUGACCCUUUUUACUUUUUUUUAACAUUUCAAUUUAACCAGUUUUAUGGAAAAAACUUGUGUUUUUCAAGUUGCCUUUAAUUAGAACUGUUGUCGUUUGACCCCCAUACCAUAAACACACAUAUUUAUUUAGCAAUGUUUGAAUUUAUUCUUGGCCAAUAAAAUGCAAGUGACUGGUUUACCUUACUGUUGGGGGAGAUUGGGCCUUAGCAGAGGGUUGCAUAAACCAUUAAAUACUAUUGGUUGAAAUGUG